AUGGCUCAGCAGGCCGAUCAUUUGGCCAACACGAACCAAACUGUAACCACCAAUACAUAUGACUGGCUUCAAAGCCGCGAAAAUGAAGAAAGGCUGAGCAGUUCAGCUCAAAAUUCAGCCGCUUUAAGACAUACCGUUGAAAGAUGGACAAGUUUUGUUUGGCACGGUAACGAUCUCGAGAACGAAGGAGGUUCUGCCAAUCAAAAUCGCUACGAGAUACAGUACUCUGUCUUUGAACCGCUUUUUGGUUAUACAAAAUGGCCUGAACUCCCCGAUAGAUGCGAAAUCAAGGAUUCUUUCCAGCUGUUACUGCAAGACUGCACUGAUGCUAUAGUAUACCACGGUCUGGAAUUGCAACGUAUCAAGACCGGAUCUAGUGGAUCGUACUUCGUGUAUUCGGUGGCAAGUCCUUCAAUCCCUGUUGGCGUUUUCAAACCCAAAGACGAAGAACCGUACGGCCCGUUGUCACCUAAAUGGAGUAAAUGGGCGCACCGGACCUUCUUCCCAUGCUUUUUCGGUCGCAGCUGUCUGAUUCCAAAUCUCGGGUACGUUUGUGAAGCAGCAGCCAGCGUCUUAGAUGAGCUUUUAGGCACCCGGUUGGUACCGCAUACCGAAAUUGUAUCGUUGAUGUCUAAAAACUUCUACGACAAGAAACGCGCUUGGUUUUCCACACAGCCGCGGGUCAAAAAUAAAACUGGAUCAUUCCAGCGGUUUGCGGAAGGUUAUGUGGGUGCAGGCGAAUUUUUAGAUAAGCACCCUUUCCCCGGUGUAUACAAAGAUGACGAUCAGAGAUCUCAGCACCAACCUUCAGACCAAUUUUUUUGGAAUCGACAAACUCUGGCCGCAUUCCGGAUCGAAAUCGAGAAGCUUAUUAUUCUAGACUAUAUUCUGCGAAACACCGAUCGUGGACUUGACAAUUGGAUGAUCAAAGUUACGCAAUUGCCUGAUAGUUCGUGGGACGUCAAAUUGGCUGCAAUUGAUAAUGCACUGACAUUUCCCUGGAAACAUCCUGACGAGUGGCGAUCAUUCCCAUACGGCUGGCUAUACCUUCCGGUCACUAUACUGGCGCAACCCUUUUCAGAGCGCACGCGAAGGCAUUUUCUUCCCCUCUUGACGAGCACUACGUGGUGGGAGAAAUGUUUUAUGGAACUAAGUGCACAGUUUGGCCGUGAUCAAGAGUUUAAGGACCGCAUGUGGAAAAAACAAUGGUCUGUUCUCAAGGGACAAGCCUUCAACAUCGUUGAAACGCUCAAAAACCCAACACAGGGUCCUUUAGAACUGGUGCGUCGCACUCGUACUAUGGUAUUAGACGAAUUUAUGCAAGUUCCCUCGACCACGCUGCCGCUAAACAUUCUUCACAACGCAAUGGAAGAACCGCUCUCGCUUUCAGACUCCUCUCCCAUGGUUCUGUCGUCUGUGCCGGAAGAACCUACAGCUUCUAUGAACCCUGUUGUAAGUGCAACAGGGAAAACUACUGGUAUCGAUGUGACCGAAGAGCUUCCACCGUCUUCUAAAGAAUACUCCUACAAGAAGGUCGUAAUUGAGAGACUGAUGGUAGUUAACUCAAAGCCACCAGUCUUGACCUGGUGGUGA